AUGGGUCGCUUCAAGGAGGCCGAGGACUAUCUCCUUCGCGCCAUCUCAAUGAGGGAGACCCUGUGCGGGCCAAACCACCCCGAUGUGGCGAUGUCGCUGGCCAAUCUUGGUGGCCUGUACAUGGAUCAGUCGCGCUACGACGAAGCCCACCCGCACUACGCCCGCACCCUCAACAUCUACGAGAGCGUCUACGGCCCGGUCCAUCCGUCCGUUGCUCAGACCUUCAACUCGAUGGCGGGCUUGGCGCAGGAGGCCGGCAAAUAUGAGGAGGCGGAGGCCCUGUACACCAAGACCCUGGCCAUCCGCGAGCGUCUGCUGGGCGACUCGCACCCGGAGCUUGCCCUCACCCUCAACGAUUUCGCCGUGUUGUACGCGAGGCAGGACAAGUACGACAUGGCCGAACCGCUCUACCAGCGCGCGUUGAGCAUCCGCGAGCGGGUCAUCGGCGUGCACCACCCGGAUUACGCCCAGUCCCUCAACAACAUUGGCUCCCUGUACCAGGACAUGGGCCAGUACACCCGCGCGCUGCCGCUCUUCGAGCAGGCCCUCAAGAUCUGCGAGGCCGCCUUUGGACCUCGCCACAUGGACGUUGCCAGCUCGUUGACGAACAUCGCGGGCUGCUACCAGUUCCUCCGUCGGUACGACGAAGCGAUCCCGCUCUACCGCCGAGCGCUGGAGAUCUACGAGGACCUGCUGGGGCCGAUCCACGCCGACGUGGCGGUGACUACCAACGAUUUGGCCGUCCUCUACUUCACCACGGGCAACACCGACCAGGCCGAGAAGCUCUACAAGAAGGCCCUCCACGUCUACGAGAAGAUCUUCGGCCCUCACCACCCGGACGUCGGCCAG